UGAAUUAUGACAUUAAUAGGAAAGAAGUUUACUAAAUUGAAAAAAAAAGGGAAAUAAUUAGCGAACAAAGUGGAAAUUUAUUGACAAAAUUAGACAAAAGCGCUUCUCCUCUCCUUCAAUUCCUUCCCUUUCGCUCCGCUGCUCUAAACUCAGGGCAGCAGCUUCACCACCACCACAAGCCCUAAUCAUUCUCUCACCGCCAUCGCUGCCGUUGCCGCCGCCGGUAAUCCCAAAUGUCGCCGCCGCCGCUUUCAAUUCUUCCUUCUCUUCUACUCUGUAUCUCUCUUCUCCUCCCGAUCGCCUCACAUCAGCAACAAUCUCAACCCUCCAAUGGCGAUGCUGGAGCAAACGCAACGGCCUCAGGCAACCAAAACCACACGGCGCCGCGACGCGGUGUCUAUGCUCGCGAAUUUCUUGUAGCGCACAACAAGGUGAGGACGAAAGUGACACAUCCGCCGUUCGGAUGGGACAAGAAAUUGGCUCGAUACGCCCGGCGCUGGGGGAUGAAGCGCUGUGGCGAUUGCAAGAUGAUUCACUCGUACGGUCCGUACGGCGAGAAUCUGUUUUGGGGAGCGCUCGACCACUGGACGCCGACGGAAGUGGUGGAAUCGUGGGCGAGCGAGGUCCAGUUUUACGACGCCCAAAAUAACGCGUGUUCCGAAGGCCAAAUGUGCGGCCAUUACACGCAGAUCAUUUGGAAAGAUUCUGCCAAAAUUGGAUGCGCGCGCGUCCAGUGCCAAUCCGGAGGCCUGCUCAUAAUUUGUGAGUACGAUCCGCCUGGAAAUUAUGUCAAUGAAAGCCCGUUCGACACCUUCGCCGGCGGAGCCUCCGCCCGCGCGUCCGCCCCCACCUCCGCCUCCGCCCCCGCCUCCGCUCCCGCCUCUCCUACAAAUCCGGGAAAUACAGUACCGCCGCCGGUGCCUGCGGCGACCACGGCGCGAAAACUCACCGGAACAUUUCCCUAAUUACCUUCACGAAAUCAAAAUGAUUAGAGAUUCGAUCUUAAUGCCGGACUCCUGAGAUGUGGAUAGAAAAAGGUAUCUUAGUUUUUAUUCAAAUCGAUUUUGCCUUCUCUUUUUUCCCAAGAGAGGUCUAGUAGAUUUUUUUUCUUCCUUUUGCAAAUGGUUUAAUAGAAAUUUUGCUUCGUGACGUUCGUACCUGAACAGAUAACACUGUAACUAAAAUUAUCAUUUACUAAAUUAUUAUUUAUGAUUUUGUUCUUCUGUAA